AUGGAGAAUAUUUUAAGUUUGUUGAUAGCUAGUGUCUUUCUUGUGACAACAAAGGGACAGUGUCCCUUGAAUGUUGGAAAUAAGUUAUUAACUACCUGUAGCGAAACAACGGCAUAUGGACCACUGAUCUAUAUAGACUUUUAUAAAAUCAACCGCCCAUGUAAUUGUACUGUGACUUCAAUGUUCAGAGGAAAUCUACUUGUGACAGCGCAAAAAACAAGGAUAUCGUCAUGUUCCACGCAGGUGGUAGUAAAAGGUAGUCGUAUAUUUGGCUGCCCACUUUCACAGAUAACGUCAGUUACGUUUACACUAUUACAAUAUCAACCUUUCGCUGUACAAGCUGAAUUCACCCCACCAUCUACAUCAGGAAACUUUUAUCAAUGUCUUGGAUUUCAAGAAAAGGGUGGUAAAGGCGGAGAUGUCAGUGUAUUAUGUAAACCAUCAGGAACAACAACACGAACAUCGUAUAUAACAUCACCAACAAGAAAAACAACAUCCUCAUUAACGUCAACAACAAGAAAAACAACAUCCUUAUUAACAUCAACAACAAGGAAAACAACAUCCCCAUUAACAUCAACAACUAGGAAAACAACAUCCCCAUUAACAUCAACAACUAGGAAAACAAAUUCCCUAGUAACAUCAACAAGGACAACGGCAAGAAAAACAUCAUCCACAUUAACACCACCAACAAGGAAAACAACAUCCACAUUAACACCACCAACAAGGAAAACAACAUCCACAGUAACGACAACAACAACAACAAGGAAAACAGCAUUCCCAUUAAUAUCAACAAGGAAAACAACAUCUCCAUCAACAUCAACAAAAACAACAGCAACUACUAGAAAUAUAAAACGAUAUCCACCAUCAUCCACUUAUAUUGUACUCUCAGCAAAGUCUACAUCAGGUUUAACUGAUACACGUAAUAAUACAACCGAUAACCACAUGAGCUUUGUUUCAACCGUCUCUGUUCCGUAUACUUUAUCAAUGGAGCCGAUUCAAGAUGAUCAAAAUGAAAUGAUAUACUUUAUAGCUGGUUCUGCUGCUGGAGGUGUAAUGCUUCUUAUCGGACUAGUGGUUUUCGUCAUUUUAAAGAUAAACAGAGAAAGAAACGGAAAUGCUAUUGUUGAAAACAAGAAAGAGGACAGCGCACGUACAAAUGAAGUAUUUGAUUACAACAAUGAAUUAACAGAAAACCCCCUGUACGUCACUUCUCAACCAGAGGAAGAAGUCGGGAACACAUCAGGAGAAAAUCUUAAAUUGGGUUUACCAGUAAUGGAUUCCAAAACAAUGCGGAAAAAUAACCCCGAUUAUGACGUACCUCCAAACAACAAACCUAUAGAUUCAAUACCUGUGUAUGCAGUGCCUAAUAAGAACAAAACUCUUCAUCAUGUGAUCAACAAUGGAGAUGUAUAUGCGCAGGUGAAGAAAUGAAGUGUUAUUACUGUGUAUAUUCCUGAGGGGUACAAAUACACACCCAAGAUAGCUGCGGUCAUGUGUAAGUGAAAUAGGAC